GUGAGAGAGGACAUCAGGACGCGUCUACGACGAAACACGGUGGAUAGGGCACGCCACGGAUGAUGUGUAGUUAGACCCACCGCGUAAACAAACUCUCUGGCCUAUCGCCUUGUCUCCCAUCCUUGCAGCUCCUUCCGCAUCGGUGCUCCACGUUCGAUUGGAUACACCGUGAUCGUCAUCGUUUCAGACACGUGCUCGGAUCGUUUGACUCACGUGUGCGAUGUCCUGUGCUCGGAGCUGAGACUGGCCGUUCAGCGGAUGAGAUCAUUGGGAAGGGAAAGGCAUUUCAAAUGACAAUUAAACGAUAUGAGUGUUAAGCUAAUAGAUGAUUAGUGUUGUGUUUAAACGUGUGAGACAUUCCAUAUCAGUAAGGUACACGUUGUGACUUCGUGGACGGUGCACACCAUGUCUAAUAGUCUAGACAGCUUUCUCACACGCAUAGGGGACGUCACAAUUGAACGUGUGACUCCACGCGGUGGCCCCAAGCCUGGUGAAGCGAAUAUGAUGACCAGUGAGACUGCGACAAGUGCAAACAUGAACGCUGAGCCACAGGCGACUAAUGACGAGAGCUCGGACGAGUCGAGCGGCGAAACGACAGAUGGGGAGCAAGAGAAGAAACUCGAUGCUUUGCAAUCCGAGGAAAUAGAAGAGAUACGCUCGGAGGGCUCGGGAGACGACAUGGAUCUCGACGAGACGAUCGACUCGCAGAUCGGUGUGAGAGUGGAGUCGGAGAGGCAGCAGCACCAUCCAUCUCCAGAGGAGGACGACGAGGAACAAGUUAAUAUUCUGGAUACCUUACCACUGGAAGGAGCACCUAUAGAAGGUCAAGAAGUAUCAGAAGCCGAUCUACUAGGAAAACCGAUAUUAAAGGAUUCAGAUGAUGAGGAAAGCAUGGAUAACGAUAACGAGAAGAUGGAUGGACAGUCGGGGGACGAAGGCAUUGAUAGUAACAAGAGACACGCCGAUUCCGAUCAUUCCGACAGCGCGAAGAAGAAGGCGAAGAAGGAUGACGGUAGCACUGAGGGUAGCACAUCGGAAUGCGAGUUAAAGUCGGAGAAAAAGCUGUCCAAUAUGCGGAGGAACAUCCGGGAGGUGAUGGACGAAACGCAACUGGACGAAGCCACGUUGUCCGCUCAGAGGCAGGAGAUGGAACGUCUCAGGCGAGUGCAGGAGCAGCAGAGGAUCAUUCGCGAGGUGCAGCGUCAGAUAGCGAUCAACCGGCAGAACAAUAAGUCGCAGACGCGCGUUAUCAGUCUCUUGCAAGGCAAGCAGAAUCAGGCUGGCGCGACUAUGAUCUCGCAGUCGUCUUCCCCGUCGUCGUCAUUCCCGUCGGCGACAUCGCCGUCGUCCACGCAGGUCCGUUUGCCAAGCACUGUCCUGCUGAAAGUGAAUUCUGCCGCCGGCACCGGUGCUCAGACCACUCAGACGACCGGCGGGAUGCAACCGGGGCAGAUGCAGAGGAGAUCGAUCGAUGGCGGGAUGCGUUGGCAGAAAGGCAGAGGCGGCUAUCAGGGAGCGCAGACAUCUAUUUCGCGUGUCGCGAAUCGCUCCGGCGCGCCCAAUAUGUUGCAGCAGAGGAUCCGCAUGAUGACACCGUCCGUGAGUAUAUCGCCGGUGGUGCCUAAGAAGGAGCCGAUGGACCGUGCGGACUACUAUUCCGACUCCGAGUUGUCCGACUUGGAAGCCGAGGAGGCGAUGCGCUGCGAGAAGCAGUUGCACGCGACGCGAAAGAUGUCCAGCGCGCCCAAGUAUCAGAGACCGCCUAAAGGCAAGGACGUGGUGACGAUAUCCAGCUCGAGCGAGAGUUCGGACGACGAUUGCAUAGUACUGAGCGAUCCUAGCGGCGAGGAGGAAACCGACACCGAGGACGAUCCAUCCAACUCCGGGAUGCACACCAACGAUCGUUAUAACAUUCCAGACGAGCUCGGCCGGGUGUUGAUCAACGUGGGUCAUCCCGAAACCGAGCCGGACGUGUUUUUAGCACCGCAGGUCGCCCGCAUUAUCAAGCCGCAUCAGAUCGGCGGUAUACGCUUCCUCUUCGAUAAUAUCAUUGAAACGAUCGAGAGGUACAAGACCAGCAGUGGCUUCGGCUGUAUUCUUGCCCAUAGUAUGGGCCUGGGCAAGACUCUCCAAGUCGCCAGCUUCUGCGACAUUUUUUUUCGAUGCACCACUGCCAAGACUGUUCUCUGUAUCAUGCCCAUAAACACCCUUCAAAAUUGGCUGGCGGAGUUCAAUAUGUGGUUGCCGUAUGAAGAUUCCGCCGUCACCGCCGAGAAGCAGGCCAAGGCGACGAAUGUCAAGAUGGAGCCAGGAAUGGAUAUGAAGCACGAAGUGAAGGAGGAGAGUUGUGGCAAUCAGAGCGACAUGUCUAACAUGUCGCGGCCUAUCAGCACGGAGUCCGCGCACCGUUUUGGUCAUGACGCAACAGCUGUCGGUGCAUCGCAACAACCGAUGAAUGUUAUGCCGGAGAAUCCCUACGCAAAUCCUCAUCACGGUUACGAACAGCGCAACAUGAUGCCGAGUUACAUGCAUGAUCCUACUAUGAUGAAUAAGAAUAUGGCUGAGCCUCAUGUACCGCAUAUGCCGCCGAGCUAUCAUCAGGGCGAGAUACCGCAGAAUCCGCUGUACAACCCGAAUCCGAAUCCGCUUUCCAGCUUUCCCGAUCCGAUGAAGCCGGAUCCGGUAAACUGCCACGGUAUGCCGCCCGGGCAGAACAUGACGGGGCCAAAAUUCGGCAUGGAGAAUCAGGCUACCAGCCUGAUGUAUCCCGGCAUGGAGAAUCGGCCGCAGGGUGUCCCCAUGUAUCCCGAUAUGGAGAAUCGAAACGCUGCGACGAUGUAUCCGGGCAUGGGUAAUCAUCAUCCCGGUCCGAUGUAUUCCAACUACAACAACAUUCCCGGCACAUUCGCGAGUUAUGGCAGUCAAACGAAUCAACAGCAAUUAGAACGAGAACCGAAGAAGGAGAACAUGCUGCCGGGAGGUAUGCCACUUCAAAGUACAGAGGUGAAUGUGAAGAAAGAACCAACGGAAGAGACAAUCAAAAAAGAAGAGGGUACGUCGACAACGAAGGAGGAAUUAGCGGACGAGAAAAAGGAGAUGAUAGAAAAAGUGAAAACGCCGUACAGCAUAGACGCGCCAAUCGGCAUGGAAAUGCGUCCGAGGCAUUUCCGAUUGCACAUCUUGAACGAUUCGCAUAAAACUAUGACGGCGAGGGCGAAAGUGAUACAAGAGUGGCAAUUGAACGGCGGUGUUCUACUAAUAGGAUACGAAUUGUAUAGACAGUUGUCGUUGAAAAAGCCCAACAAGGCAAAGCGGAAACGCGGACAGCCUUUUAAAGACACGGUAGACGUAGAGGAGGAGGACAAGAACAAAGGUUUGCUGGACGAGAUGCAUACGGCUCUGGUGAAUCCUGGACCGGAUCUGGUAAUCUGCGACGAAGGUCAUCGAAUCAAGAAUUCGCACGCGAGCAUCAGCAUGGCACUGAAGCAGAUGCGCACGAAACGCAGAAUCGUACUGACCGGUUAUCCGUUGCAGAACAAUCUGCUGGAGUAUUGGUGCAUGGUGGACUUCGUCAGGCCCAAUUAUCUGGGCACCAAGAGCGAGUUCUGCAACAUGUUCGAGCGACCGAUACAGAACGGCCAGUGUAUCGACUCCACGCCGCAGGACAUACGCUUGAUGCGAUAUCGCGCACACGUACUGCACGCUUUGCUGGAGGGUUUUGUGCAGAGGAGAUCUCACUCCGUGUUGCAAAUGUCGUUGCCGCGCAAGGAGGAAUACAUCCUCCUGGUCAGGAUGACGCCUCAUCAGCGCAAAUUGUACGACACGUUCAUGAAUCAGGUGGUGAAAACGCGCGCAGUUCCGAAUCCGUUGAAAGCUUUCGCCGUGUGCUGCAAGAUCUGGAAUCAUCCGGACAUCCUGUACUACUUCCUACGUAAGCGUCAGGCGAACGAGGAGGAUGACUUGGACCUCGAGGAGACGAUAGCAGAAAAAUCCGCGGCGGGUGGCAAGAAAUCCAAGGCGCGCCAGCCGAAAGGCGAGUCCAAGAAAUCCAAGAAGGGCACGACGAUAAAGAACAAGCCCGCGGCUAGCGUGCAACCGAACGCUUCCUCAUCGUCCAGUAACGAUAAUUCGGCGGAGGCCGAAAGUACGCAUAACACUCCGAAACAAAAUAAUUACAACAACUAUACGAUGCCAGUUUCCAACUCAACUCAAUAUUCUAACUCCAUGCCGCAGACAGGAUCUUAUCCUCCUCAUAAUUAUCAGAACUAUCCGAACCGUCCGAACGAACAAAAUACAUACUAUAGGAACGAUAACAAUAAUCACGGAGAAUAUAAUCACGGAGAGUUCUAUAAUAAUCAAGGACAACAAAGGUAUGGCAAUCAACCGUUCCAGUCAUACACUCAGACGUCGACGAGUUACAACACGUCGCAGGGAUACGCGAAUCAGUCGCAGAACUACAUGCAGUCGAACGAGCAGUCCGCGAAUCAUCCUCAGAGGUACAGCGGUGCAACGGCUGGAUCCGACUUCCGAUCGGAUCAAAAUCAAGGAACCAAUUACGAGACACCCGGGAUGUUUCCACGACAGAAUUAUCCUUAUCAGGAUCAGCAGCGCAAUUAUACGCCAAAUCUAAAUCAAGGACCUAACAAUUAUUCCCAAGUUCCUAAUCAACCUUCCUUCCAGCCUCAGAUGCCGAAUCAAUCCUCGAGCAUGCCAAUGCCGGAUUACUCGCCGUACGCCGCGAAUCAAAAUCAAAAUUACACGCCGGCGCCGACGCCCCAGACGAAUCCGAUGUAUCCGCGAAACGAUGCGCAACCGCUGCAAAACUCGACGAUGGGAUACCCGACGUCUCAGCAAGGUCAGCCACCAGCGCAACAAACGCAAACCGCAACUGGCUAUAAUAUGGCGCCGCAGCAGAAUCAGAACGCACCGUCCGGUCAAAAUCGUGGCUUCUCGCCGAAUCAGCAGAAUCAGAAUUUAAGUUUGCAAAAUCAGUCUCAUCCAUAUACGAGCCAGCAACAGCAGAAUGUGCCUCUUCAGGGCCAGACGCAUGGCUAUCCUACGCAGGUGAAUCCGACUCCUCCGCAGACUCCGCAUGCGUUUAAUCAGCAGUCCGCUCCGAUGCCGCAAACCCCAUCACACGGUUACAUGCAGCCGAAUCAAUCGAGUCAGGGGCCCAUCUCGCAGGGUCCGAUGCGCGGCUAUACCCCGGCGCCGCAGGGCCAAAUGAACGUGGCGCAGAACCAAUCCAAUUACCCGGCCAAUCAACCCGCGCAAAACGUCAAUGCACAGAAUCAGACGCAUAGGUAUCCUCCAGAUCAGACAGGUCAGGCGUCGAAUCCACAGAAUACGGUGCACGGUUACGGUCAUCAUAUGGUGCCUCAGUCCACAGCUUCCAAUCAGGCGGGAUCGUAUCCUCAGCAGAAUCAGCCGGGUCCGACGGUACCGCCGUCGAAUCAGGCUCACCCUGGUUAUCCGUCGAAUCAUCCAGGCACAGGCGCGAUGCCACAGAAUCCCGCGCAUCGAUACGGAGCCGCGCAGCAGACACAGGUGGCACAGAAUCAACCUAUGGCAUAUCCGCCGAAUCAGCCGCAGCAGCCUAAUCCAUCUCUGGGUCAGAACGAUCAGCUUUAUCCCAGGCCAGAUGCCGCGGUGUCGCAGCAAACGCAGAGUUACGCUCCAACGGCGGCAAACGAAUUUUCGAACGACCGUACGAGCGCAGGCACCGCCGGCAAUUCCGGCAAUAAUUACACCGCCAGUCAGCAGCAUACGCAGAAUCCCGUUAUGCCGAAUUAUCCGUCGGACGGCUCGCAUCAGAAUUCGGCGUCGAUCGGGCAGAUGAAGAACGCGGACGAGCCCUAUUAUAUGCAGCGCAAUUAUCCGCAAUCAUUCCGACCGGAUCAGCAAUGCAGCGAUUCGUACUAUAGAGACCAGAUGAAUCCCGGUAUGAACCGUUAUCCGAACAAUUACUUCCCGCCGCAGAAUUAUCCAAAUCAGUCGUACGACUACGCGACCGGUCAUGGCACGGACAUGAAUUCGCGGCCCGACGAGUCCAAGACUUCACAGCAACCCAUCGGCGCUCACGCACCUCCCGGCGCGCCGUGUGACAAGAGCAGCAAAGAGAUGACAUCCAGCAUCGGUGUGCAGAGCCAGCCAUUGCAUCAGAAUAAUCUCACCGGCGCGCCGAGCUACACCGCGGAACCGAAUCGCCAGAGUUCGGCAACUCCCGCGCCCAGAUCGGGACCGGGAAUUAAUCCGGCGCACAGUCCUCGACUAAAUCAAGGCGAACUGACGAAGGAGGAUGAGAGAGAAAAAGAAGAUCAAAUAGAGAAGGACAAAGAGGAUAAAUCUGACGAUGAAAUUCUUACGAAAGACGAGGAGAAAGAUUGCAAGAGCUCUCCCAGUGGGAAGGAAGAUCCUGGAAUUCCAUACGAUUGGGCAACAGAGUUGAUGAAAGGAUAUGUACCCGGAUUGAUAGAUGCGUCCGGAAAAAUGACACUCUUCUUCUGCAUCCUCGACGAAGCUAUUAAACUGGGGGAUCGCGUACUCGCAUUCUCACAGUCGCUAUUCACAUUGAAUCUCAUAGAAGACUUUUUAGCGCGAAAUAAUUUGAAGUAUCCGGAUGGUCAAACCGAUGCCUGGAUUAAGAACGUGAAUUAUUACAGACUGGAUGGAAGCACCAGCGCGCUAGAACGAGAAAAACUGAUCAAUGAAUUCAAUAACAAUCCGAAGAUUCAUCUCUUCCUCGUUUCUACGCGCGCUGGCUCGCUGGGUAUCAAUCUCGUUGGUGCAAAUCGCGCGAUUGUAUUUGAUGCUUCCUGGAAUCCCUGUCACGAUACGCAAGCUGUAUGCCGAGUCUACCGAUACGGCCAACAAAAGCCGUGUUUCGUUUAUCGACUGGUCACCGAUAACUGUCUGGAAAGGAAGAUCUACGAUCGACAGAUUAGUAAACAGGGCAUGGCAGAUCGCGUGGUCGAUCAAUGCAAUCCCGAUGCGCAUCUUUCGCUAAAGGAAGCAACGACAUUAUCGUGGGACUGGGAGGAAGACAGUCAAGUGCAGGAUUUCUCGCAGACUAAAGACAGCUACACGGACGAAGUUAUGCACCUCGUGUUAGAACGUUAUUCCUCGUUGCUCACCAAACAACCGUUUCACCACGAGAGUCUGCUCGUUGAUCGGAAGGACAAGAAGCUCAGUCAAGCUGAGAAACGGUUGGCCCGUCGCGGCUACGAGCUUGAGAAGAUGGCAGCUAAUUGUUCUAGGCCGAGUUAUAACUAUGUUCCUGGAAAUACAGCCACGCGAGCAGGUGGAUUACAAAUCAGAGCAAUUCGCGGCGGCGACGGUGGCACCACGCCGAAGCCCGUUGCGUCUGUCAGACCUAUGCAACAGCGAGGUGCUGAAGGAUUAGGUCCGCGUGGCGUUACUGGCAGCAGGUGGAUUCCGGCGGAAGUAUGGCAGAGACAAGGAAUGAGCGCGCAAGAGAUGACGCUACCUCUAGAUGUAGUUAUACCAACAAAUUCUCCCGACAAAGGAAGUAUCGUUCUUAAAGCGGGUCAACGGGUAAUGGUGCUGAAGAGUCCAAAAGGCAUUUACAUGCAGCUUGAAUCCGGCAAAAUUAUAGCAAUUCGCACUGCGCUUAAAUUGAAUCAACAAAAGCGAGAGGAGGAGCCGAAGAAAGGAGUUUCCUCGAUGAUACAGAGAAAUUCUAAACCCGAGGUUGGCUUUCCUUUACGGAAUAAUUCGGCUAUUUCCAUAAUACCCAAGUCAUCGUCUAGCAAUCAACCCAGUGGCCGGCCUCUCAAUAAACCAUCACCGAGCCCGGGUUAUAAACCGUUUAGCGAUAAGGAAAUCUCUAAGAGACCCAAACCAGUCGCUACAGCGACAGCCAAACCUUAUUUGAGCCAAGUAAACUUGACCAACCAAGUUUCCCUGUCGAGACUACCCAAAGUGAAGCAAGAGCCUAUGGAUCAUUCCACACUCGGGGACAACUCUAACUCGUCCGACGGUCAACUGAGGACCGAGCAACGUGUCGAGGAAGUCAGAUUAGAAGACGUGGUGGCAGAAGUGAGCUCGAACACCGAGUACAGUCCUUCCAGUCACACCCGAACCACUAAUUCGGAUACGGAUACAUCUCUGCCGAAAUCUUCUGAGGAAGGCACACAGGUUUACACGCCUGACACCGUUUCCCUCACGCAAGGUGUUCAAACACAACAUGACCAGUCUGAACCAGAAAUGCCACCAACCGCUGACAAGCAGUGUUUGCCAUCGGAAAAGGAACCUUCUAAGCCGGAUACGUUAACAAACUACAGUCGAUCCUUCCACAGUCAAACGGAGAAGCGAGAGACUUCCAAUGAGGAUAUCGUCGUCGAGGAAACGUCUCAAGUGACGUCACAGAUAACGCCGCAGAUGACGUCGCAAAUGACGUCGCAGAUGACGCCGCAGGUCGCGACGCAGACGCACGCGAUUGCUCCUGGUCCGAUGCCUUCUCUGUUGCCGCAGCCAGUACCGUCGGCCAUAUCGGUACCAUCGACCAUGUCAAUACCACCAAGCUUACCAGUACCAUCAAAUAUGCCUCCGAAUAUGUCCUCGAGCAUGCCGAUACCAUCAAAUAUGCCGUCAAGCUUACCACCGAAUAUGCCGGUAUCAUCAAAUAUGCCACCAAGCAUACCGUCGAGCAUACCGCCGAGCUUGCCGGUAUCAUCGAGCUUACCACCGAGUAUGACGGUAUCAUCGAGUAUACCGUCGAGCAUGCCGGUAUCAUCGAGCAUACCACCGAGCAUGCCGAUUUCGAGUAUGCCAUCAAGUAUACCAUCAAGUAUGCCGUCAAGUAUGUCAUCGAGUAUGCCAGUAACGUCAGGUAUGUCACCGAGCAUUCCGUCGAGCAUGCCGAUACCAUCGAGCAUACCGAUACCCUCGAGCAUGCCGAUACCAUCGAGUAUGCCGAUAUCGUCGAGCAUACCAGUAUCGUCGAGUAUACCGGUAUCGUCGGGUGUACCGGUACCGUCCGCAUCUGCAAGAAGCACGGAAGCACCUAAAAGUCUCGUCGAUUCAAUCGCGACAUCGACCGCUUCCGUAUGCACCAACACCAAUAUCACUUCUCCGAAGAGCGCUGAGCCGACACCGAGUAUGCGAGACAACAUGAUCCAGGGCGACCCGACGCCGAGCGUACCCCAGGGAUAUCCCUACGCUCAAUACCCGAGAUACUACGACUACAGCGAUCCGCGAUCCCGCUCGCUGUCCAACCCCUAUGGCACUUACUUCCCCAGCGUUCCACCGCACACGGCAAAUCCCAGCAGUAGACUGCCAGUAGACACGACGAAGCCUCAGCCGGACUUAGGCAAGCCUAUGGACGAGAGGAACGUGAUGAACGUGCCUACCGCUUACUCUUCUCAGAUACCGAGCAUUACUGCCAAAACGCUAACGAGCAACUCCGCGACGGAGUCUAAGGGUACGGACAGCACGACGGUGACUACCACGGUGGCCUCAUCGAGCAGAGACGAGACGCAUAUACCUACCGCAUUUAGUCAUCCCACUAGCGCGCGGUAUCCGGGGCCGUAUCCGCCGGGCCCGUACGACCCGUACUCGCAGCACUAUCCACCGGCGCCUGGCUCUUCCGCAGCUUAUCCUCCAGGUGGAGCACCCGGUUAUCCGGCAUAUGGUGGACCCAGCUACAACACAGAUUAUGCUCGCAUGUACUCGGCGUUCCACGGUCCGCCACCCCCGACGGAUCCCUACAUGCACAGAGGAUACGCCCCUCCCUCUUCGCAUCCCCCUAAUUACUACACGCCGUUCCCGCAUCCUCCGCCGCCCUAUCCCAAUUAUUCGUUCCUGCCGUAUCCGAAUCCGAAUAUGUCCAGCGAGCCUCAACCACCCGCACAGUAGGGAAGCAACGCGGUUGAGGGUAAUCCUGAGUUGUAAUGGCCGCGGGCGAAAGCCGUCGGAAAGACUCAAAGCCGCGAUUGCGAAGCUUAAUAGACUGAAGCUGUAAAACGCAUCGAUGUAAAUAUUUAGUCAGAAAUAUUAAGGAGAUAUUAAGGAGAUAUUUGAUGGUUGGUAUUCGAGUACUUCGCAAUACCGAUAUGUAAUGUCGUGAAGGACGAGCGCGACCGCCGUCAGCAUUGAUGAACUGUGCAUUGUGCAAUCUGUUGAAAUGUUCAAAAUAUUUUAAACUCUUGACUUUGUCGACGCCGUUCUUGCGAUGCGUUUUUGUUCACUAGUUAAUUACAAGAAAAUGUACUCGUCAAGCGGUACAAGUCACUCCUUUGUUUGAUCCUCCAGUCUCAUUAGAGCGGCGUCAAGUGAGAUUUUUUACGAGUGCUUAGACGACUGCAAUACGUUUCAUACAUAAUUGCGUUCCUCGUGACUUUUUCUACUUUUUGUACUUGCGCGCUGUGCUUUAUCAGAUUAGCCUUUUAUCAAUAGCUUCUUAACGUUGAAACUGAUGAGUUAUUGACGCGUAUGAUUCUGAGAAGAUUGAAGGAGGAGUAAAUUGUACCAUAAUCGAAUGAACGAAGGGAGAGGAGGAGCGCUGUAUAUUAUCGUUUAGCCUCACACAUUCAAUCACUUGGCUCAUUUUUGUAUAUCUUGUAUAUCAUUUUGUAUAACGAAGAGGGGGAUGGUCAUUACAUUAACUGAACAAAAUUCUCGUAAGAAGGAUUUAAUGUCCAUGACGCGUUUGUUUCUAAUUCAUAAAAUAUAUUUCGUGAAGAAUUAGGUAACGACAUGGUUAAAGGUAGAUUGAUGAGAUUUUGAGUUUAAAUUUGUUCAAGACUCAAUUAUGAUAUUAAUCAAUAACGAUUUACAUUUUACGGGUAAUACUUUAGAAUUUAUAUGUGAGAAUUUAUAUGUGAGAAUUUAUUCUUAUAUUAGCUUUUAUAAUUUUUUUUUUUUUUAAUCAGAUGAUGGCAUGUCUAUUUUGAUUUAUCUAAGCUUUCCUUGAUUUCCAAGAGGAAAUAAGAAUUUGUAUGAAAAAUUUCAUAUAGGAAACUUCCAUGACAAAUUUUUUGCGAUUUUGUAUUUUGAUCGACUGGUCCCCCUUCAUGAUGUACGGCAAGAGUAAACGAAUAUUUGCAAGCUGUCUAAACCGCUGAAAUUGUGCAACUAUAUUAUAAAAUGCAGAUUGAAACUCUUUCGCGUGUGAACCGUGUUAGAAUUCGCUGUUCAAUGAGAUGCUUUCUUCUAUUUUAUCGUACAUCAUACAUCAUUCAAUAUACACAAUUGUUACACAACUCUUUGUGAUUUGAUGCUUUCACCCUGAAAUUGUUUCUCUAAACAUCUGGAAAGCUCCAUUUCAUUUGAACUGUGCUUUUCAGCACAGUUCUAGUUUUAGCAAUGGCUCUAUAAUAAUUUUAAUUUUAAUCUAUAUGUAAAAUUUUAUCUUGCGGUAUUUCAAGUAAUUAUCAUCUGAAUCAGAAAUUCCAAGAAGUUUCUGUUUAGAUAAUAAUUGUAUUGUUUACUAUUAAAAAAAUUAUUUAAAUAAAUUAAAUAAUUUUGCUGCAAAGAAUAAUUUCGGGGAGACCGCACAGGAUCGCAGAUUUAAAUUUGAUUUGCAUUAUAAAUCACUUUUCUAUAAAUAUGAUCUUUUUUUAUAAUGCGUAUCAUAUUAUCUGUACUCUUUUUCUCAGUGAGAGCCGAAAUCAGUUACUGUUCUCCGCGGCACGCGUCACGCCGCGUCUACGUGUGUCGUCUCUCUUUCAAAACCAUUUUUUCACAUACAUACAUUUAAACGCGUAACACGUACGUACAUACAGUAUUCAUGGAACAUUUAGCAGCCAGUAAAUUACAGUCUACAGCAUCCCUAGUGAGGUGUAUAUGGACUACGUAUUAUACUAUUAAACGUUACGGUUUCCGAAAUAGAUAAUCUUACAGUAGAGCGUAGGAUUGUUGUUAACUAGGAAUGUCUUACGACUUAUUAAAAAAAAAGUGGGGAAAAAGAAGCAAGGAGAACUCGCCGUCUCUCGGACGUGUAACGUAAGCGUUAAGGGGAGAGCCAUGAUUUUCAGGAGCGACUCUUCAGACUCGGAACUGUGAUAUUUUAUUAUUAAUCUCGUGUUGAAUUCGCGCUGCACGCUCUUGCCCGGAAUACGAGGCCGCCGAUCUUGGCUUCUUGGCGGGAAUUUCGCGGGUGGGCCCGGAGAUUCACCCCUCCCGGCCCGCCCACGCGACGCUCGGUCGAAAUUGUUGCAUUUACGUUAGCGUAAGUCAAUCGGGUGCACGAGAUGACUAAUCCGUUUUUCCAAGUGGGACGCAGAGGCGCGCACGGGUCUAUCAUGGUGCUCCCUGUAUACAUAAUUAUUAUAGACCAGUGGUAUUCAACCCCUUUCAACCCCCGAAAGCAAUCCGCCGUCAUGCCCUUUGAAGAUGUAUUUUUUUUAUUUUUCCUCCUAGAAUUUUAUAUACUCUUCCGAGAAAGGCAUCCCUCUCGCCCGCGAGGGGAUCUUUUAUAGAACUUUUUAUUUUCUACGACGUUUUGUAUUCUCGUUUAGCGUACCGCGCUUUUUUUUUUUUUACCGUGUUCCUCUUGCACGUUUUUAAGGACGAGGGAGACGACAGGCAACUCAUACAAAUUCUUCGUGUAUGAAUAGAAGUAUUUGUAUCCCCUUUUUUAUACGUUUUUCGUACUUACCAAAGUUCUCUUUUAGCGGGAUCGCACCUGCGAAUCCUCCUAGAAAGUCUUAGCGCCCCUGCUCCAGGUUGAAUACCUCUGAUUAUAGACGAAUUAUUCUAGCGAGAUAAGGCGUUUAUGCUGGAUAUAUGAUAAGUAAUACUAUGUCUCCCGUGGCGGGUCUCGGUGUUGUCUGUUUGCCGCGCGACGAGACGCGACGUUCCCACCUUCCUCUAUCCUCCUUCCCUCGUCUCCACUUCGUUUACUUGGGUGGCGUCGCGGUCAAACGUUUCGUAGGUUCUAAGUGUACAGGUGUUACGUUUAAGCGCGACGCUUAAGUAAGCUGUGCAAUCCCACGCGGAACAGGCGACAAGGAGACCGUCGCAUAAAACGCGAGAGAGAGAGAGAGAGAGUAUCGUUGCGUAAUGCGAGCCGUAUCAUUGUUCUGAAAGCGGUUGCGGAGAUUUCCAAAUAUCCCCCGGGAUUCGCGGGUCGUCGCCACACGGGCCAUCCACCCUCAGGCGUCGAGGGUACGGCUGUCGAGUUCUGUUUCGUGUAACAUAAAGAUACCCCCUUGAUAGCGUCACACACCGGAAAUGCGGUGUUGUACGCGACGACCCGGCCUCGAGUCCCAUUCGCGAAACGUAAUGAAAAUCACAUUCGAUGUUACUUGCAUUGUUUAAGGCUGAAUUAAUGUGAAUUGCGAAACGCAGAUCGGCGACUUGAUAUUUUUGUUAAAGCUAAUCUUAAUCGAUUAGCUUUAUCUGCACGUCGCGUGUAAUGUAUAUAAUUUAUUAUAUAAUUCGUUAUAUAAUUUAUUAUAUAAUUAUAUUUUUAAUGACAUGAACGAACAAAGCGAUACGAGAUACCUCUUCAGUGAGACCUUCGUCAAUCGACUUGCGCCACUCUCGGAACAAGCGGCUCAUAUAUCUGCAGAAGGAAAGCAAUUAUUUCAUCUCUGUUAUAGCUUUUUUGCCAUCUACAUACUUGUACAUACCCAUUAUUUACAUUUCAUACUUUAUUUAUUAUUAUACAUUAGCCAUUAUUAUCGCUUUUUUUUUCGAUGUCAGAGUAUUACCCUUAUGUAAAAUAAAUUGUUUAUACACUGAUGAGAAUAUCGUUUUGCUCAUACUAUUAUUGUUACGUAGAACGAGAGACAAGAGAGAGAGAGAGUGUGUGUAUGUGUGUGUGAAAAGAAUGAGAGCUUACGAUAUUUGUUUUUUUUUUUACAGCAUUCAUCUUUGCAUUUAAAAACAAGCAUUAGCUCGCAGCCCGUAUUUUCGCCGCAUUUUUAACGCUAAAUACGGCCGUCCGAUUUCAAGAACUCGGCUAUUUUUGUCCGGCAAAUUUCUUGAGAAACUUAAGACAUAAAAUCGUCCAAUAGACAAUAAACGAAUCUCAUUGUUCCAAAAAAUCUUUGGAAACUAUAGGAGAAAGUGAUCGUAGAACUUCGGAAAUUAAAGAUUGAAGGAUCGAAGGCUCAAAGGUGGGCUUUCGUGACGUACAACGCCUCGAAAGAAAACGCAAGACGAUUUCAUGGAAAUUCGAGAAAUCUAUACGAUUUAAUUAUAGCGCAAUUGUAAUGAAAAUCUGGAAGGAGUAUAUCGGAUGGCCGCCUUCAGCGUGCGACGAGAAUACACGCCGCCGGUGCACGUGUAAAUGCUUAGUAUAUUGUAAGGGAUGAUUUAUGUGGAGUACGACAUUAUGGAAUUAUUAAGCGUGCAAAAUUCGUCUUUCAGUCCGAAAUUCUGGCGUUAACGUGAUAAGAUUUUCGUGACGCACGCUCUUCGUCUGUACACGUUAAGAUGACUAAAUGCAUGUUACACGCAGGCUGGGUUUAUUGAAGAAUUAUAAUAAAUUUGCCAGCGGAGGAUUAACAAUUAUGCUUCGUGUCGCAAUCUCCUUUUCUUCGUUUACUUUUUUUUUUCUAACGAGCUUCGCGUUUCCAUUGUAAUUUUACUAUAACUCGCGCUUUUAUGACGUAUGUGAGACAAGAUGAGAUAAUUAAUUAAUGAAAUAAAAAGUAUUCGGAUAUUAAA